AUGUACCUCAGUGCUGCAAAUCACCGCAUACCUCUAAGUGAUGGAAAUAGCAUUCCCAUCAUCGGGCUUGGUACCUACGCGGACCCUAGCACGUCCUCUAAGGAAAGCUGUGCAGCAUCAGUGAAGGUUGCCAUCGACACUGGGUACCGACACAUUGACGGGGCCUACAUCUACAGAAACGAGCAUGAAGUGGGAGACGCCAUCCGAGAGAAGAUAGCAGAAGGAAAGGUGCGGAGGGAGGACAUCUUCUACUGUGGAAAGCUGUGGGUUACAAAUCUUGACCCAGAGAGGGUCCGCCCAACUCUGGAAAAGACACUCAAGACCCUCAAACUAGAUUAUGUGGAUCUUUACAUCAUUGAAAUGCCCAUGGCCUUUAAGGCUGGAGAUGAAAUAUAUCCUAGAGAUGAGGAUGGCAAAUGGUUAUAUCACAAGUUAGAUUUGUGUGCCACUUGGGAGGCUUUGGAAGCCUGCAAAGAUGCUGGUUUGGUGAAAUCCCUCGGAGUAUCCAAUUUCAACCGCAGGCAGCUGGAGCUCAUCCUGAAAAAACCAGGACUCAAACACAAGCCAGUCAGCAACCAGGUUGAGUGCCACCCAUAUUUCACCCAGCAAAAACUCUUGAAAUUUUGCCAACAACAUGACAUUGUUAUUAUUGCAUAUAGCCCUUUGGGGACCUGUAGGAAUCCAAGAUGGGUGAAUGUUUCUUCUCCACCUUUGCUAAAGGAUGCAUAUCUAAACUCAGUGGGGAAAAAGUACAAUAAGACCGCAGCUCAAGUCGUUUUGCGCUUCAACAUCCAGCGAGGGGUGGUCGUCAUUCCUAAAAGCUUUAAUCCUGAAAGGAUCAAAGAAAAUUUUCAGAUCUUUGACUUUUCUCUCACUGAAGAAGAAAUGAAGGAGAUUGAAGCCUUGAACAGAAAUGUCCGCUUUGUGGAACUGUUCAUGUGGCGUGAUCACCCUGAAUACCCAUUUCAUGAUGAAUACUGA